AUGCCGCCCUCUCAAGCACAGCCUGGAGCAGAUCUUCCUGAACCCGCCAGGGCGACUGCGGAGAUGCCAAUGCCGGGCAAUGAAGCCCAGAUGGAGUUGAUCGACGCUGUCUCCAGAAGCGAAUCACUCUAUGAGUUGUACCUGAGACUUCCUGGGCUGGCAGAUGACCUUGAGAACAACCUGGUUCUCAAAGACAAUGACUUUGACAUAGUCAAUACUGUCAGGUCCCUGAGACGGGAUGAAAGCUGGCCUAUGUGCGAGCUCUUGCAUAGCAUGUCGCCAAAGGUCAUAAAGAGCAUCAUCCAGGGUACUGUCGCUUACGAUUCCCAUCCAAAGCAGAGUGCGGGACGUUCCUUGUUAAACAGCGACUUCCCCUGCUUUGAGACGCCUGUCAAAGGCAGAGACCCCCCCAUCCCUGGCGUUUACGUGAUUGCUUUGUAUCGCAAGUUCACAGGCCACAAAGGAGAAUUUCUCAAUAUAGCAGAGUUGAAGAUGCUUAUUGAAGAUAUGGAGGAGUAUAUCGAAGGUUAUCGAGUGCAUGCAAGGCUCUGUGCUGACAUUCGAGCAGGCAGAUCCAGGUCAGAGUCCGACUUGUCACGGGGUGACAAACUUGCCGUGAGACACUUCAGAGGGGUCGACCACUAUGCAAACUACAAAGCCCCCCUGCCAGGUGCGACGCCACUCUUCAUCAAGGAUGAUGGGGAUGCAGCAGAGAUUGAAGCCCUUGUGAGGACGUACAGGGCGAUGUGCCGAUCUGAUCUCGACCCUACCGAGCAGGUCAGAAUAAAACAGAGUCCUCUAUAUGUGGGUUGCUCGAAUAAUCUAGGCGACAGGACUCACCGUUACACACAGCCCAGUGUAAAGGGCAUCAAUAAGCCACUUGCGCUUACCAUCUCCAUCCUCAGGAGGCACAACCUGCCUGUCGAGCUCGCUGUCAAAGUGGUGCUUCGCACAUGGCAGUCUGAUCAACUGCCCAUGGCAGAGCAGUUAAUCAUGACAUUGGCAGGUUCUCUUGUGUAUCAGCGCGGCUUCAAUGCCACUGAGGGUGGUGGCACAGGUUACAAAACCGUUCGUUCUGGCGAGUCCUUCAAGGUAAAUAUGGAGUAUGUCAUGUCCCGUGUAGGAUUCAUCCGUCAUAACUUCCGAAAUACGGUGAAUGAGCUCGAGGCUCGUAAGAGGUUCCUAGACAACCUUGAAGAAGUCGACGACGAGUUGACCGAAAUUAUCAAGACCAUGACCCAGUGCAAACAGGAGCUGGAGAACCUCCCCAAUAAUAUGAAUUGGGGCGAGAAAGCCCUCGAAUUGCGUGAGCUUCUGGCAAGCCUGAAGCAAGAGGGGGAAGAUAGGAGAGAAGCAUUGAAAUUUUGGAGGCUUCUUCUCGAUAUCCAGAAUAUAGUUGUAAACGUCAUGGGGGAGUCUAUUGUCAGUGUAUAA